GCAGACGACGGCAAAAUGGCGCCGCAACUACGGGAGAAAGUCUGCUGCGCCAAGACCGGUCACGUGACGGGGGAUGCGUCACAAAAAUACGGCGCGGGGGAUUGUGGGAGCAGAAAGGAAGACGCUUCACCAGACCCGGAACCGAGGCAGGACACGUCGCUCAUGAUGUACCCCCGUGAGGAGAAGUUGGACAAGUUGUCCCAGGAGGAGAUCAUCUCAAACACAAAGCUGGUGGUGCAGGGACUGGAGGCUCUGCGCAAUGAACACAACUCCAUCCUUCACAGCCUCCUGGAGACCAUCAAAUGCCUGAAGAAAGAUGAAGAGGCCAACCUGGUGCACGAGAAGUCCGGCCUGCUCCGCAAGUCUGUGGAGAUGAUUGAACUGGGUCUCGGGGAAGCGCAGCUGAUGAUGGCGUUAUCUAAUCAUUUGACGGCAGUGGAGUCGGAGAAGCAGAAACUGCGCGCACAGGUGAGGCGACUUUGCCAGGAGAACCAGUGGCUGCGAGACGAACUGGCGAAUACCCAGCAGAAGCUACAGCACAGCGAGCAGAACGUGGCACAGCUGGAGGAGGAGAAGAAACACCUGGAGUUCAUGAACCAGCUGAAGAAGUACGAUGAGGAUGUGUCGCCCACGGAAGAGAAGGAAGGAGACGCCAAUAAGGAUAAUCUGGAUGAGCUCUUCCCCAAUGAGGAGGAAGAGUCAGGACAAGGCAUGUCACACCAGCACAGCUCUGCAGCUGCUGCUGCCCAGCAGGGUGGGUACGAGAUCCCGGCACGACUCCGCACAUUGCACAAUCUCGUCAUCCAGUAUGCAUCUCAAGGUCGGUACGAGGUGGCUGUGCCACUCUGCAAGCAAGCGCUGGAAGACCUGGAGAAAACCUCUGGACAUGACCAUCCUGAUGUGGCCACCAUGUUAAACAUCCUUGCGCUGGUGUACCGAGACCAGAACAAGUAUAAGGAAGCUGCCCAUCUUCUAAAUGAUGCCCUGUCUAUCAGAGAGAAAACCCUGGGAAAGGACCACCCAGCGGUGGCAGCUACCCUCAAUAACCUGGCAGUUCUGUACGGGAAAAGGGGCAAAUACAGAGAGGCCGAACCCUUGUGUAAGAGGGCACUGGAGAUCCGGGAGAAGGUUCUCGGGAAGGAUCAUCCUGAUGUUGCAAAACAGCUGAAUAACUUGGCGCUGCUGUGUCAGAACCAGGGGAAAUACGAUGAGGUAGAAUACUACUACUGCCGUGCACUGGAGAUCUACCAAGCCCGGCUAGGACCUGACGAUCCAAAUGUUGCCAAAACCAAGAAUAAUCUGGCCUCGUGUUACCUGAAGCAAGCAAAGUAUAAAGCAGCAGAGCAGCUGUACAAGGACAUCCUGACUCAGGCCCACGUCAAGGAGUUUGGCUCCGUGGAUGAUGACCACAAGCCCAUCUGGAUGCAUGCUGAGGAGCGGGAGGAGAUGAGCAAGACUCCUAACAAUGAUGGGACCCCGUACUCGGAGUAUGGGGGCUGGUACAAGGCCUGUCGGGUGAACAGUCCCACAGUGAACACCACGCUCCGAAACCUGGGCGCCUUGUACCGACGACAGGGCAAAUUGGAGGCUGCCGAGACUCUGGAGGAGUGCGCCGUACGCUCCCGUAAACAGGGACUGGAUCCUGUCAACCAGACAAAAGUUGCCCAGCUCCUUAAAGAUGGCGAGACCCUGGAGCAGAGGAAGAAAGGACGGGACAGUGCCCGGAGUAGUGUGAAAUAUGAGAGUGGCACAGAGGGCACAGAAGAAGUGAGUAUGGGCAGUGUGGAGUGGAGUGGGGACGGCAGUGGAACACUCAGACGUUCUGGGUCUCUGGGUAAGAUCCGUGAUGUCCUAAGGAGGAGCAGUGAAAUGUUGGUGAAGAAGCUACAAGGGACGACACCUCCGGAACCACGAAGCACAAAUAUGAAGCGUGCUGCCUCCCUGAACUAUCUCAAUAAAUCCAGCGACGAGACCUUCCAGGGCUCUCAGAAUCCUCUGUCUGAAACUCGAGGCUUGAGCGCCAGUAACAUUGACCUGUCGUCCCACAGCUAAUGGCUGGUGCUGGAUAACGGGGACCCCUGCACCCUCACAAUUAAACUCAUCGCACUCCCGCCUCGAUAUGGCCCAGUGGCCACUAAGCCUGUAUUAUAGUCUGAUAAUGCCAGCCCCCCAUGACCCGAUGAACCCAGAUCAGAUUAUAGGAUUUAGCUGACUGGAGGAGCCCAUCGCCUGGUGACCCCAGACUCUACUCUCAGCGAAUUCUCCUAUUCUAAGGUAGCACCACCACUCCCAUCACUGUACUGGAGCAACACUACACUCCUCAUCACUCUGCUCAAUAGUACUGGAGAAACACUACAACUCCCAUCACUGUUCUCUAUAAAAAUGUCAAGGCACUACAACUCCAUCAUUGCAUCCUAUAAUAAAACAGUAACACUACACCUCCUAUCUCAAUGCUGUAAGAUGAUGGAUUCACAGGGUGGCAUUACAGACAGGUUUCUUCACCGUCAGAUGGGGGUGAGUCGUCGGUCACCAGGAUGGAAGGCGCUUCAGGGAUUGUGGGGUUCUGGGGAGUCUGGUGGUGGUGAAUCUGGGGGGGAUCUCGUCUGUUGGGAUCAUUAGCACUUUAAUAAUAAAUACUCCACCCCCACCCUGGUUGUUGACUUCUCUUCUUUUUUCUGCACUGCCAUCUUUCCUGGUGCAUGGUCCUCUGUCAUCUUCAUGCAUGAAACCUUGCUUCUGUGUGCCCCAAGGGAAGGAGGACAGAUCUGCACACCUCUCAUGAUGGACAUGGUAACUGAUACCACAGCACUGCCUGGGAUGUCUGGAUCCGCUGCAGCCCCUCACCCCCUUCAUGUGACAUAAUUUGAACAUUUUCUCAGGAAAAUAAAAUACUUGAAAAUG